CUCGGCUGCUGCGUGUCCUUCAACGUGGACGUGAAGAACUCGAUGACGUUCAGCGGCCCGGUGGCCGACCUGUUCGGCUACACGGUCCAGCAGUAUGAAAACGCCGAAGGGAAAUGGGUGCUCAUUGGGUCUCCUUUGGUUGGCCAGCCCAAGAACAGAACCGGGGACGUCUACAAGUGUCCCGUUGGGAGGGGAGAAUCUUUACCUUGCGUAAAGCUGCAUCUACCAGUUAAUACAUCGAUCCCCAGCGUCACAGAAGUAAAGGAGAACAUGACAUUCGGAGCCACGCUGGUCACCAACCCCAAGGGGGGGUUCCUGGCGUGCGGGCCCCUCUAUGCCUACAGAUGUGGGCACCAGCACUACACGACCGGGAUCUGCUCCGACGUCAGCCCCACGUUCCAGGUGGUGAAGUCCAUUGCCCCGGUGCAAGAAUGCAGCACACAGCUGGACAUUGUCAUCGUGCUGGAUGGUUCCAACAGCAUCUACCCCUGGGACAGCGUCACCGACUUCCUGAACAACCUCCUGGAGAGGAUGGACAUCGGCCCCAAGCAGACUCAGGUUGGGAUUGUACAAUACGGGGAAAACGUGACCCACGAGUUCAACCUCAACACCUACUCAUCCACGGAAGACGUUCUCGUGGCCGCGAAUAAAAUAGUCCAGAGGGGCGGCCGCCAGACGAUGACAGCGCUUGGGAUAGACACAGCAAGGAAAGAGGCGUUCACGGAGGCCCGGGGCGCCCGGAGGGGCGUCAAGAAGGUGAUGGUGAUAGUGACCGACGGGGAGUCCCACGACAACCACCGGCUGCAGCAGGUCAUCCAGGACUGCGAGGGCGAUGGCAUCCAGCGGUUUUCCAUAGCUAUCCUUGGCAGCUAUAACCGAGGAAACUUAAGCACGGAAAAAUUUGUGGAGGAGAUAAAAUCCAUCGCCAGCCAGCCCACUGAAAAACACUUCUUCAACGUGUCCGAUGAGCUGGCUCUGGUCACGAUUGUCAAGGCCCUGGGGGAGAGAAUAUUCACCCUGGAAGCCACAGCCGACCAGUCCGCGGCCUCCUUUGAGAUGGAGAUGUCACAGACCGGCUUCAGUGCUCACUACUCCCAGGACUGGGUCAUGCUCGGGGCAGUCGGAGCCUACGACUGGAAUGGAACUGUCGUCAUGCAGAAGGGGAGUCAGAUCCUAAUCCCCCAAAACACAACCUUCAACGUGGAGUCCACCACAAAGAACGAGCCCCUCGCUUCCUAUUUAGGUUACACCGUGAACUCUGCCACCACCCCCGGAGGACAGGUGCUGUACCUCGCGGGCCAGCCUCGGUACAACCACACCGGCCAGGUCAUCGUCUACAAGAUGCAAGGCGGGGCCGUGAGCAUCCUCCAGACCCUCCGGGGAGAGCAGAUCGGGUCCUACUUCGGCAGUGUCCUGACAACAGUGGACAUCGAUAAAGACUCUAGCACGGACCUGCUUCUGGUGGGGGCCCCCCUGUUCAUGGGAGCCGAGAAGGAAGAGCAGGGGAAGGUGUACGUGUACGCCCUGAACCAGGUAACGGGCGCGGGGCUUCGGGGAACCAGGACAGUCUCCUCCCGUAUCCCGUCAGGUGGAGAUGGCGAGACCCUGAAAUUUUUCGGCCAGUCCAUUCACGGAGAAAUGGACUUAAAUGGUGACGGUCUGACUGAUGUGACCAUCGGGGGCCUCGGGGGCGCCGCCCUCUUCUGGUCCCGAGACGUGGCUGUAGUUAAAGUGAUCAUGAAUUUUGAACCAAAUAACGUGAAUAUCCAAAAGAAAAACUGCCGCAUGGAGGGAAAGGAAACAGUAUGCAUAAAUGCCAUGGUGUGUUUUGAUGUGAAGUUAAGGUCCAAAGAAGACACGGUUUACGAAGCUGACUUGCUGUACCGCAUCACGCUGGACUCCCUGAGACAGAUUUCGCGAAGCUUCUUCUCGGGGACGCAGGAGAGGAGGGUUCAGAGGAACAUCACGGUUCGAGGCAGGAACUGCACGAAGCACGUCUUCUACAUGUUGGACAAGCAUGACUUCCGGGACUCCGUGAGGAUAACCUUGGACUUUAAUCUCUCUGAUCCAGAAAAUGGGCCCAUUCUUGAUGAUUCUCUACCAAAUUCAGUGCAUGAAUCUAUCCCCUUUGCCAAGGACUGUGGACACAAGGACAGGUGCAUCUCGGACCUGGCCCUGGAGGCGUCCACCACGGAGAAGAACCUGCUGAUUGUCCGGUCCCACAAUGACAAGCUCAACGUGAGCCUCACGGUCAGAAACAAGGGGGACAGUGCCUACAACACCAGGACCAUGGUGCACUAUUCUCCAAAUCUCAUUUUCUCCGGAAUUGAGGUAAAUUCCAGCUUUUCAUUGACUCAUCCUUGGAAUACUGGCUCGUUGAACCUACUUUCCUUACCACUGAACUAAUUUUUUACCCUCCCCCGAGGACAUGUUCACUGAUUUUAGGGAGAGAGGAAGGGAGAGAAGAACAUCG